AUGCUCCGCUCUGGUCUAUUGCUGGCGCUGGGUCUGUCCCUCGCGGAUGAAUGUCACGCCCUCGUCGGUUCGGCGUCGUCCUUGAUCAAGUACAGGACGUAUGCGGAGAUGGCCGAGUACUUGCUGGAGCUCAACGCGACGUUUCCCGACGUUGUGCGGGUUUCAGUGGCUCAGGAGACCUACAAGCUGCCGUACCCUGAAGAGCUCCAGUGCAUCGUGGACGAAAAGACGAACGCGACGGAGCUAUGCAAACAGUUUGUCGUGCACUUGACCAACCACUCGACGCUAGCAAGUGAUCCCGAGAGACCUCAGGUCUUCUUCAGUGGAGCGGUGCACGGCAACGAACGUGUUGGACCCAACGCAGUCAUUGAGCUUGUGGCGCUCUUCGCACAUGCGACGUCGAUUUACCAAACGGAUGAUACGAUGAAACCGACGGCGGACACGCAGCGCUGGCUCAGGGAGCUGGUGAACACUCGGAACGUGCUGCUGGUGCCAAUGACCAAUGCUUACGGCUACUCACAUAACCGCCGGGAGGAGUUGACAGUGGACCCGAACCGAGACUACAACUACAUGAGGGCAGGCACGGAAUGCAUGCAGACAAUGACGUCUCGCGUGGUGAACGAGAUCUGGAGAGACCACAUGUUCCAGUUGGCCGUGACGUUCCAUGGCGGCACUCGAGCGAUUGCGUAUGAGUGGGGCUCGCCGGAUCACUACUCUCAUGGAGACAAGACCAAACCAAGUGAGAGGUCCCCUGACGACAUGGCUCAAGUCCAGCUCGGCAACACGCUGGCUAGCUAUGCCGGCAAGUUUCCUGAUGGCGAGCUGUAUCCCACAGGAACGAUGAACGACGUUGUGUACGGCGUCACCGGUGGCAUGGAAGACUGGGGAUACGCUGCAUCGUGGGAGAACCAGUUCUAUGACGAGAAAUCGCAUCCUUUUCUUCCUUGUGAGCCGACCACUUUCGGUGGAUAUCCGAAGAAGAAAACUGUCUACAACAAUGUCACCAAUCGCGCCUUCAAUGUGCUGGUCGAGACUUCAAACAGCAAGGAGCCCCUGCCGGCCGACAUGGGAGAUUUCAAGGAGCUGUACAGCGCGAAUGUGGACUUUUUCCGAACAGAAGGAACCGCAACAAAGAUCGUGGGGCACGUGCCACGGAAUGUCCGCCUGGCACUUAUGAUGAUUGAGAUGGUCCAGCCUCUCGUGCGUUGGGUGAGUGCUGAACGGUCUCCCGUGCCGCAUACCCCCCGACACCUUCCCAGCGGCAAGCUUGUAUACGACAAGCGUCGAUCAAGUGACGAAGAUGGGCUGUGCAGCCCAAGCAUGGGAGCGCAAGCGAGUCGCGACGUGUACUACUACCGACUGCAGCGUGACCAGAAUCGCACAUUCGAAGCUGCAGGUUGCUUGGGAGAGACCAAAGCUCAGAAGGGUACCACCCGGCGAUUCUACGAAUUUGCAUCCAACACGUCCGAAGCGGCAGCUGCCAAUACAGCAGAUAAGAUGGACACAUCACUCUUCGUCGCGUGUCUUGACUUAGGUAACGUAACGUCAGACACGUUUUACGUUCGAGCUGUUGCAAUAGUCGAUCAGAACUGGAAAAAACAAGGGGCUGGUGGUGACAAACCUUCACCUCAGGUGCCGCCACAGUCGCACUUGGUCAAUGCUCGAACGAAUGCCGAUUGGACCGCUGAAUGGAAUGGUCACAAAGUGAAGGCUAGUCUGGAGUGGGUGUCUCCGAUCAUCACUGUCGAUGUCACCAAUAGAUCGAAGACGAAGCGCCAUUCUUCAAACGCAAAGGCUGACGGAUCUCCGGCGCAGAAGUCAUCUUUUGCCUUUCAAAGUGCGCCGUCUCAGGAUGUCAUUGUGGAGGCGGAUAAUAGCGUCGAUACGCCGACUGCCGGUAAGAUACGUGCUGGAAGAUCACCAGACGAAGAUGAUGGAGAAAGCUCGAGCGGGGAUAGUGAAGCGGACGUGAACGAUGGAAGCACGCUGGAUCAUGAGGAGAAGACGUCAAGUGCCAUCGAAGACGCACCUGCCAGCUCGUCCUCCUCUGACAUCACUCAAGAUGCAACUGCUUUAUCUGCAACGAGCUUGAAAAUGGACACGAAGAACACGCCGUCGUCAUUGCUGCAGUAUGGAUACGUCAUCUUAUGCUCCUGCGCCGUGAUCGUCGUGCUCACUUUGGUGUAUCUCUACCGACGAGUGUUCCAGCGUGCGCGUCAGCCUUACAUGAACAUCAACAAUCUCGAAUCAACGAUUGGCAGCAGCACUGAAGACGAUCACGAAGUGGAUGGAAGCGAAAGCACUCACAGUGGAGGGCCUCGAAUCCCUCGCCAUGCCCAGUCGUCCCAGAGUGUCAUGGAGUAG